AUUGUGUGGUCAGUGAUAAUCUAAUUAAACCGAAAAAUCAGCGAAAUUUAUUGAGUCGAGUAUUGAGGCGAUCAUUCAAACUAUGGUUUGCACUAAUAGUUCCCAUUGUUUUACUGCCAUUACUUUUCUAUGAUAACGACACUCCCAGGUUUCGAUGCGCUUAUGUAGUCUUAUUGAUGGCAUCCUAUUGGAUGGUCGAACCGAUCAGCAUCUAUAUGACGGCUCUAAUUCCAGUGGCUCUCUACCCGUUACUUGAUAUCAUUAGUACAAAUGCCGUUUGCUCUCCCUAUAUGAAGGGCACAAACAUGAUGUUUAUCGGCGGACUAUUGAUGGCCAUAGCCAUUGAAAAUUGCAAUUUACAUAAACGGAUAGCACUUAAAGUGUUACUUAUGAUUGGCACCAGUAUAACCAGAAUAAUGUUGGGAAUAAUGUUGGUCACAAUGUUUCUAUCAAUGUGGAUUAGUAAUACAGCGACUACAGCAAUGAUGGUACCAAUUGUCGAGGCUAUGCUUAAUGAGUUAGAGGAAUCACCAAAAGUGGAUUCACCAAAUAGUCAACAAUCAAUAAAUAUAGUUAAGAAAAAACAGUCGUCUAAUAAUAAUAAUAAUAACAUAAAUAAAUCAGAUAUCAUAAGAAAAGCAUUGCUUCUAUCGAUUUCAUAUUCAGCUAAUAUUGGCGGCACCGGUACGUUGACGGGCACCGGUACCAAUCUGGUACUACAGGGAAUAUAUGAAGAUCGAUACCCAAAGAGCAGUGAUCUGACAUUUUUGCGUUGGUUUAUAUAUGCGGCUCCGGGAAUGUUGAUCUGUGUAUUAGUCGCAUGGAUUUUCCUCUACCUGUCCUUCAUAUGGAGAAAUAAGGAUCAAUUGGAUGAGUCCAAGGAUAAGAUCAGAUCAUUGAUUGAGCACAAGUACAGCGAUUUGGGUUCAAUCACAUUUCAAGAGACAGCAGUUAUCAUACAUUUCGUAAUUCUGGUGAUGUUAUGGUUCUUCAGACAACCCGAAGUAUUUACGGGUUGGUCUGAUCUGAUCAGUAGUAACGGCACGAUAAAGGACGCGACACCGGCUAUACUGAUAGCCGUAUCCAUGUUUAUAGUGCCGGCAAAUCUGAAACAAUUUUAUACUGAAGAUAGUCGACAACACAAGAAGAUCCAGUCGUUGCUCGACUGGCGAACAGUCCAGCAGAAGAUGCCGUGGGGUGUCAUCAUUCUGUUGGGCGGCGGGUUCGCUAUGGCCGAGGGAAUCGAAAAAUCAGGUCUAUCCGAAUGGCUCGGCCAACAGUUGUCACAUUUUGAUCACGUAUCGCCUCGGGUGGCCAUGAUUUUUUUGACCGUAAUCGGCGCAAUGGUUACCGAAGUGGCCAGCAAUGUCUCCUGUGCUACCGUACUAUUACCGGUUGUCAAUACAUUGGCAAUCAAAUUAGCUGUCCAUCCAUUGUUACUCAUGAUGCCGGUCACAAUAGGAAUAUCGUUUGCAUUCAUGUUUCCAGUGGCUACACCACCCAAUGCUAUAGUAUUUGAAAGUAUGGGCCCAAAAGCCAGCACAUUUGAUAUGAUAAAACCAGGUAUAGUAAUGAAUUUGCUUUGCAUUGGAAUUGAAUUGGCGCUAAUCAAUAGUUGGGGGCAAUUUGUGUUUGACUUAAAUCAAUUGCCUGAACAAUAA